UUUUCCUUAUUUAUUUACAACAUAAUUUGGAAUAACGUAAAGUAAAACGUGGAAAAUCUAAAUUAAAAUAAAAUUAUUUAUAGAGAUCAUCUAUCUGAAAAAGUUCAUUGAAAAGAUAAAGCUCUUACAAUUAUUACCUCGUUUUAAAAGAAUAUACUUAUAAUCUGUUCAAUAAUGGAAGACGAAAUACCCAAACUUAUUCCAGCGAGAAACAUUUCUGAGAUCAAAAACAAGCAGCGUCGACUUGAAGAAUAUUUGAAAUUAAAGCAAGAGAAACUUAAAUUGAAAAAGGCUAAAAAGAAAGCAAAAGCCAAAGCUAUCGCUGCUGGUGAAAAUGUCCCGAAACAAGUUCCCAGAACCCUUGAAAAUACCCGAGAACCCGAUGAAACAAUGGUCGAUCCUGAAGAUCAAGAGAUCCAAGCCGACCAGAGCUUUGAUGAGUUUUCGAGCUAUUACAACAGAGAAGAACCUCCUAAAGUUGUCAUUACUUGCAGUGAGAAUCCACACACCUGGACCAUCCGCUUCUGCAGAGAAUUAAAAUUAUUAAUCCAAGAUUCGAUAUUUGUUUAUCGUCGCCAUGCGAGUUUGAAGAAACUAGUUGAAGAAGCCAAACGUCGGGAAUUCACCAAUGUUGUAGUUGUCACUGAAGAUAGAAGACAUCCCACUGGUAUGUUGGUGAUCCAUCUACCAGAAGGUCCUACGGCAUUUUUCAGAAUAAGCAGCGUCAAGUACUGUAAAAAUAUUAAAAAUCGUGCUGAAUGGACAUCUCAUAAGCCGGAAAUUGUUAUGAACAACUUCCGUACUCGACUGGGUCUUUCCAUUGGUCGACUGUUUACGUCCCUUUUCCAGUACAAUCCAGAUUUCCGUGGCCGAAGAGUUGUAACCUUUCAUAAUCAGAGAGAUUACAUAUUUGUGCGACAUCACAGGUACGAAUUUAAAAACGAAUCCCGGGCGGCUUUGCAAGAAAUUGGGCCUAGAUUCACUCUUCGUUUACGCAGUCUUCAGAAAAACACCUUCGAUACAAAAUUUGGGGAAUACGAGUGGAUACUUAAGAGACAUGAAAUGGAAACGAGUCGCAGAAGAUUCUUCUUGUAAUAAUUUAUGGCUCAAUAAAGUAUAUUGAUUGGCAUUGA